CGUGUGCGUAGUCCUCUCCGCCGCCGCUCAAUCCAUUCGCUCGCCCGCCCGCCCGCCCGCCUGUCGUGCACAUGUACUGACUGACGCCCUGCCCCAGGCCUCGUUCCUCCGCCGCUCACCAGGCAUCCGCUCCUUUAGCAACCUUCACUCGCUUAUGCACUCCAUCUGCUUCCAUUGACUGGAUCCCUUGCAUCGUCUGCGCGCGUCCUCUCGCACAUCCAACUUGCUACACUCCCUCACUUCAACAACACAUGUUCUGCCAAGUCGCCGCCGCCGCACUCACCACCCCUACGCCGACUGCAUCACCGCGGCCCGUAUAGCCCUUGGACGACUCAAUCGCUCCUCUUGAUGGACGGCCCUGCCACGCCCGCCGACCCAUCCAAAUUCAAGUCGCGCCACCGCUACCCACGACGCAUCUUCUCGCACCACCAAAGGCAUCCCGCGCCCGCAUUGGACCACGCCCACGACGCUCCAGGCAACGCCAGGCGGCACGCGGCACCGCCAGCCAGAGAGAACAUGAGCAAAGGCCAUCGCUUCUUCCACCGCCGCCCCGUGCCGGGCAACACCAAAGUCAUCACCGUUGCCGUCGAGGUCGUGGACCAAGUGGACAGCAAUGGCAGCUUGGCCGCCCAAGAGACGCUAGCCCCGGUAACGCUCCAAGCCUCGCACGAUGCAGUAAUCACGCCGCCCGCCGCGCCCACUGUGCCCGCCGCCCUGCCGACAGUGUCUGCCCUGCCCACUGUGCUUGCUGUACCCUCUGUGCCUGCUGUGCCUGCUGUGCCCGCCAUGCCCGCUGUGCCAUCAGUCGCGCCCGCUCUGCCUGCCGUACCGCCUGUGCCUGUGGUGUCUGCCGUGCCAGUGCCUGCACUACCCUCUGUGCCACCAGUACCGCCGUUUCCUGAUAAUCUGCAUGUGCCCAGCGUCCCUGCCUACCCUUUUUCCACCGGCAACGCUCUCGCACAAGUCGCAGCCCCAUCGCCGCCGUUUCCUGUGUCGUCAAGCCUGCCUACACGUCCUCCAAGUCCCGUCACCCCACCUGCGGUCCCAACGCCAGCGCCCGUCUAUGCUUCCAGCUCGGCUGCCAACACGACAACACCAGCCGCGGCAUCACUACUGGCAUCUUCUUCACUCGCUUCGCUUGACAGCAUUUCAGCCUCGACGGCAACAGGCCUUUUUGCAUCAAUCGCAGCAGCCCCGUCUCGCCCUGCGUCAGUCUCUACCUCAGCUUCAGCUUCACAGUCUUUACCGUCGUCCAUACAGACGUCAUCCACGCAAUUAUCAAGCAGCUCCCAGUCUACUCGCACUACUGUGACUGCUUCACAAGCUGUAUCCACAGCAGCCUAUCCCAACGGCGGCUAUGGCGGGGGCGGCGAGACACCUGGAAUGGCGCCUGCCCCUGCUGCCACCACCUCGGCCAUUGCGGGUGCUAACUCUAGCCCUUCUUCUCUCGAAACCCCCAAAGUGGUUGGCAGUGUAAUAGGAAGCCUUGCUGGUGCUGCACUGAUCCUGGCUCUCAUCUUGCUGCUCCUACAGCGUCAUAAACGGAAACGAGACGGCGCUCUGCAGCUCACUGGCGACGACCACACCGAAACCAACCGAUCCAUGACGCAAGCACCUGCUACACGUAACACCCUCAUUCCUGCUUUGUUCCUCCAUCGCUUCUCUGGCUUGUCUGGUAAAACAGGAGAAACCAACCUGAGCGGCGGCGAGCGAAGCUUUCAGCGCGUCUCAGGUCGCAAAUUACCAUCUGCAUUCAGUGAAGGUCUCACGUCCGACCAAUUCACUCGUGGCGGGACAAUGUCUGGUUCGUCAUUCUACCAAGAUGACCAUAGCACCUAUGGCGGCGCAGCUAUCUCCAAAGAAUUUGGCAAGGAGAUUGGCAAAGAGAUAUGCGGCCCCGCUAUCACGCGCGAGUCGGGACAAAUGAAUAUCCGGCCCAGUCCGGCGCGAACCCCAGUCAUUCGACACCCCGACGACGGGAACCCUUUUGCCUCAGACCAGGACUUUCUGAGUCCACCACAGUCUCCUAAUCCUGAAUUGCCUGCUAGAGGCUCACUCGGAAGAAGCUUGCACUCUGCCGAUGGGUCGCGCUCGAGCAGAUUUACCGAGAAUGUCUGAACGACCUGUUAACCUUUGAUUACCCCAGCUUCCUUUUUCGCUCUUAUUUCCAACCUCUUACUUCACGACACGCAUGAAUAUGCAUCCUGCUUACUUUGCCUCGUCACGGGCACUUUGCAACUGUUGGCUGUCUGGACUUGUUAUACCCCUGGAUCGGCUCGACAUGCUACAUCACUCACCACAUACUGUCCUUUAUUUCGUUCGCCAAACCAGCGGCCGAAAAGUAAUGUCUUUUCCGUUCUCUACUACCUAUUGUCGUGUUGUCC